CGUGGGGGUCGCGCAAUUUGCAAGCCAUGUCGUCCGACGAGGCCGAGACCGGGGCGGUGGCAGGCCCGACGGGCGCCGAGGCCAUGAGCACGGAGACCCUGGUGGCGGCUGUCAAGGCCUACAAGGACCGCUGCGUGCGCCUCGAGACGCUCAUCGCGCAGCAGAAGCAUGCGAUGCACGCGGUCGAGGAAGAGAACUCCAAGAUGAAGCGCAUCAUGGUCGGUGCCAAGCGCAGCCUCGAGAACAAGAAGGCCGCGUGCGAAGCGCUCCAGCAGCAAGUGCUCGAUCUCAAGGCCGCCGAGAAGAAGGCGCCGGACGCGGCCACGACUGCGAAGCGGGAGCCUCGGCGUAUUCUGCAAAAGGUCAAGCAGGCAAUGCCGAUGGGCCCGACGCUGCUCUGGUGUCUUGUCGAGUACGCUAGCGACAACGACUUGGACGACGACGUGAAGCCGCCCGAGUGCGACUGGGUCGCCUUCCGCUCCGACGACGAGCUCCACGACUACAUUCGCAAGACGAGCGGCGAGCCCCUUCGGCUGCCCGAGCUGUCGCUGCCACCGCCCGAGAUCCAAGAAAUGAAGCAAGAACUGAGCGAAGAGCUCGAGCGAGUCCAGGAAGAGUUUCGCCGAUACCGCGUGCGGGCCGAGAUUACAAGGAAACAAAAGGACGCGGAAAUCCGCAAGAUGAGCGCAUCGACGCUGGCACGGCAGCAAGAGCAGCUCUCGGGCACGGACGUCCAGAACGAGCUCCAGGCAGCGCGGCUGCAAGUGCGCCGGCUCGUCCAGCUCCAGACGAUGGCCGAAGAAAAGGAAAGCGAGUGGAGUGAAAAGUACGCCAAGCUCCAGCGCGAGCACGAGAAGCUCAGCGGCACCAUGGGCGAGACCGUCCUCGCGAUGGAGUGGCGAGAACGGUACGAGGCGGUGCUCCGAGAAAAGACGGACCUCGAAGCCAAGCUCUCGUCGAGCGACGCCAGCUUCCAGCUCGCACAGGACCUCGAUGGCAACGAUGUGGCUAAGCUCAAGACCGAGUUUGCGCUCUACCGCAAGCGCGCCAUGCAAGUCGUCGACCAAAAGGAAAAAGAGCUGCAGGCCGCCAAGGGCCAGCUCGGGGACGCACCGCGCUCCAACUCAUCGGGGACGUUCUCGUCGGCCGGCCUGCGACGCAUGAGCAGCUCCAACAGCCUCAGCGGCUUUGAGACGUCGCCCCACGCACCGACGACCAACGAGUACCUCAAGAACAUCGUCGUCAAGUACAUGAGCACCGACCACGCCGAGGUCAAGGAGCACAUGGAGAAGGCGAUCGCGACCGUACUCAAGUUCUCGCCCUCGGAGCUCAAGCUCAUCGAAGACAAGCGGCACGCGGCGUCGGGCUGGGCGCUCUGGUGACGCCGAGACGCGCCGAGACAGAGACAGCGCUGUAUUAACACGAGGCACGUGUCGCCUGCGUUAUCACGUGGCGACAGCAAGACUUCAAGUUGCAGUUGGGGCUGCGACAGCAAAUGUCCUUGUCUGGCGCACCAACCUGGUUCUCUAGUGCGGGCGUAGACCCGUCGCAACGUCCGAGUCAUAUACGACGUGUUACGGUGUCCAAAAGCUGCAUAUACGAUCGUUCCUGCAUCAAGCGAAGCGACGACGCGGCUGCCCGCGGACAAAAGCUGUCGCCGGACGUAUCCCAGUGCAAGUUGAAGUGCCGAAUACAUAGCCGUGC